AUGUCUGACAAGAACACCUCAACUCUUCAAUCAUACAUUGAUUCUGCUUCUGGCGCAGCUCAAUCGGCGCUGGGUUCCAUUACUGGUAACCCUGCUGAUAAGCACGCCGCUGCCCAAAAACACGACGAAGCAGCCCUCAAACACGACGCCUCGCACGCCGGUUUCUCCGCCGGCGGCAUCAGCGCCUCCUCUUCCGGCGCCGUAACCAAAAAUGACCCUGCACGCCAAGAAGGAUCCUGGAACCAGACCAUCGGAUCCGGCAAGGAAUUUGUCGGGGGCAUCCUCGGGAGCGAGGAGAUGAAGAAAGAUGGUCGCGAACAGAAUGCUGCGGGCAGGGGCCAGGAAGCCCAGGGACAAUUGAAUGACUUGGGCAGUGGGGUGAAGAAUAGAGUGCAGGGCACCGUGGGCGGUGCGGUCGCGGGAGUCAUGGGAGAUAGGGAGAAGGAGGAGGCGAGGAGGGAACAGCAUGAUGUGGGGAAGACGCAGCAGAGGGGGGUGGAGAGUGAGUUGGAGAGGCAGAAUAAGUAG